AUGAACCCAACGUUCGACCGCAAGCACGGCACCACCUCGGUUAUGGUUACCAAGCCAACCAAACAUGCCGUUUUGGGCGUUGGCUUCCACCGCCAAGCUGGACCAGUCGUUGCCGGUAUCAGCGAAGAUGGUCUACUGGUUGGGAGUGGGCUGGAAGCUGGAAUGCAAGUGAUACAGGUAAAUGGAAUGAACUGCUCGCAUUCUGCCGAGUUUUGCACCAUGCUCUUGCAGAACAUUGUGGGGGAUGUCACCAUUGUAGCUCUUGGCAAGGGAGGUUCAAUCAAGACCAUGGAUAAUUCAUCAUCGACGGAUACAAGAUCCUCGUCAGAAGGCCUGUCCGAGCCUGAUGAAGCACCCGAGGGUUGCCAAGCAGAAGAGGCACAAACCAACCAGAUUCAUGACAGCCGGCGCUCGGAAAGAAAGAGCCAAGGGCGGGCCACAGUCAGAUUUGAAAACGUGAAUACCGAACUGAAUCAAAAGCCAGAAAGUACACCCAAUACAGUGAAGUCUGAAUCGACCCCCGAAGGAAAGGAUGCAAGUACUCCCGUUGCUUCGAGGAGAGACGACGACAACCACAUUGCCCAUCGAGAGCCCUUUGUGGAACGACACAACAAUAACCAUAACAGCAGCAGCAGCAAGUGCAAGUCAACGUACGUCGGUGUAUCCCUCAAGGGUGGUAACAAUAACAACAAAGAGCCCGGUAGGAUUGUGUUGAGUUCCAAGGGAUUUGCCUACUACGGCCCCAACGAUAACAAGAAGGUCAAGAAGAUGUGCUGGCAAAACUUGGAGAAGCAAUGCAUCAAUGCAGCCCAUCGUCCCCGAGCCCUCCUCAAGUUGCUUCACAAAAAGGGCACAUCCUACCAGUUUGAAAUGGCCAAUCGAGACGAUCUGCGCGACAUUCGAAAGGAUAUUUACCACCACUUGUCGCAGCACCAUCAAAGAAGGCAAGCUGCUCCACAAGGAGGCGCCUGCUUUGAUGAUUCUUUUACGAGUUACGGAACGUACAACUAGCUAGUCGUGUAGCUGGAAUCGAAUCCAAUGGCAAGCUGGCAAAAUGACAAGAAGCAUCGCUUGUCAGCUAUAGCUACUACCAGUACCGUAGUGGAAGCAAAGUAUCAAAACUUGCGCUGCUACAUGUAUAAUGCACAAAUACUAAGAAUAGAUUUGUGCAAUGGU